AUGAAGCAUCAGAGAUGGCAUGGACUGCCUAGUGAGCGGCGAGAAGCUUCCGUUGAAGAUAACCUUGCCCACUUCGAGGAGAUGAAAAAGGGCACAGAAGAGGGCGUCAGAUGGUGCAUUAGAGCCAAGAUCAGCGUGGACAAUCCCAACAAGGCUAUGCGCGAUCCCGUUAUUUACCGUUGCAACCCUCUGCCUCAUCAUCGGACUGGCAACAAGUGGAAAAUCUACCCUAUCUACGAUUUCUGCUGUCCGAUCGUCGACUCGAUGGAGGGAGUCACACAUGCCCUCAGAACGAUCGAGUACCGUGAUCGGAACCCUCAGUACGACUGGAUGCUCGAUGCGUUGAAGUUAAGAAAGGUUUACAUUUGGGACUUCGCACGCAUGAAUUUUAUCCGAACUUUUCUCUCUAAAAGAAAGCUGACCAAGCUUGUGGAUGAGGGAAGGGUCUGGGGUUGGGAUGAUCCACGCUUCCCGACCAUUCGGGGCAUCCGUAGGAGAGGUAUGACUAUAGAGGCGCUGCGCGAGUUCAUCCUCAAACAGGGGCCAUCCCGAAAUAUUGUGAACCUGGAUUGGACGCUUUUCUGGGCGACGAACAAGAAGUAUAUCGACCCAGUAGCGCCGCGCCACACAGCCAUCGAUAAGGACCAUGCUGUCACAGCAAAUGUGAGAGGUGCGAGGGUGGCACCAUACACAGAAGACAAGCCUAAGCACGGGAAAAAUCCUGCGCUUGGGACGAAGAAGGUCGCGUUCAGCACUACCAUCAUCAUCGAGCAGUCAGAUGCCAAGUCUUUGAAAGAAGAUGAAGAGAUUACCCUCAUGAGCUGGGGCAAUGCGAUUGUCCGCAAGAUCUCUCAUUCCCUAAAUCCGCUCACCCUCUCCACCGUCACUGGUCUAGAGCUCGAGCUUCACCUCCAAGGCGACUUCAAAGCAACAAAGCAAAAGAUUACGUGGCUCUCUACCCAAGGCCAAGAGCUUAUCCCCGUCGAGCUAGUCGAUUUUGACUACCUGAUUAACAAGGAUAUCAUCGAGAAAGACGAUGAAAUUGAUGAGUGUCUCAAUGACCACACCGAAUUUAGGACUGAAGCAUUGGCUGAUGGGAACGUGGCUGACCUGAGCGAGAACGAUAUUAUCCAGUUCGAGAGGAAAGGAUACUUUAGGGUGGAUCGGCCUUUCAUGCAUGGCGAGCCAGCUGUGUUGUUCAAUAUACCUACAGGCAAAGCUACUAAGUAA